AUGGACUAUGUCGCUGCACCACCAACAGGCGUUCUGCCCGGUACGAGCUCAACUCGCGCUGUGCGGACUGCUGCAAGUACAACUUCAGCGCAAUCUGCGGCAGAGCUGGAUAUAUUGCUGGCUCCCUCCGUACUGAAACACAGAUACGUGCGCGGUGUAGACAAGAGCCUGAUCGUCGAACGACCAGAGCGUAUCCGCGCAGUGCUCCUCGGAAUCGCAACAGCUAUCGGCAAGUCGUCGUCCGAACAGCCGCAUGAUCCUACCAUGGCUCUUCACACAUCCCAACGUUCUCCAUCUAAAGCUCCUUCGCAACAGCAGAACACGAUCCAUCUAGCGAGCUCGAUUGAUUCAUCCGUAGCCAGAACGACCACGCAUGUCUCUUGCGCACCACUCCCAGCCAACACGCCAUCUCAACAAGACCAAGAUGACGAUCUGGUAGCUCGACUCAGUUCGCUUUCCGUGCAGGCUACCGCAGCUCAACAUCCCACCUCUCCGGCCCAGCAAAAGUUCCGUGUGCUUCAUUCGACAAGAUCUCUUCCGCUGGAUCCACCCCAUCCUGCCGUAGCUUUUACCCAUGCACACUCGGACGAAGUCGUCUCGCUGCUCGAAACCGCUUACGGUCAAGCCAGACAGAAACGUCGCGAGGCACGCACAGCGACCUCGACUUGCACGCAAGCCUCUGAUGCCUUAAUAGAUGCAAGUCAGUUCAAGCCCGAACGUGAGACUACGCCUACACCUGCGUCCGUCGCGGCUGGUCCGCCAUCACAACAGCAAGCCGCCUCUUCUCUUUCUCCAGCGCGUACGUCCCACGCUGCGUACCUCGAAUACCUCUGUAACAAAGCACCUAAUCAUCCACCGCAGUCUCACCGCAAACCUCACCAAACCUCACCUUCAAAAUCGAUACCCGAGGACAGCGAGACCUACACUUCGAGCGAUGGCGAGGGUGACGAUGCAAUGCAUCUCUCCGAGGUUCCUGAGCACUUGCCCCAAGGUGAUCUGUACCUUGCAGGCCCCUCUGACCAAUCUGGGAUGGAUGGUGGAUCUGCAGAGGCAAUUCGACACGCCAUGGGUGCCUGCUGCGAAGCCGUAGACCGUGUUGUGUCAGCAGCAGCAUCUACGACCAUGGCAUCACCAACAUUGUCUCCUCUUCGUGAGAUCAAGGUCCAAGACUCGACCCACUUAAACGUCACGGAAAGCCUUGCAUCGAACGAUGAUAACGAAACAGCUCCGGCCGCCAAACGUGCAUUCGUUCUUAGCCGGCCGCCUGGGCACCACUGCUCCGGAUCAACACCACAAGGUUUCUGCUGGGUCAACAAUGCAAUCGUCGCCGCAGCGCACGCUUACCACGAACACAGCAUCGAUCGCGUCGUCAUAUUUGAUAUUGACCUGCAUCACGGUAACGGCACGCAGAACCUGGCAUGGCGAAUCAAUGCCGACGCCAACAAACACGAUGAUCAGCGCACCGAGCGUAUCGCCAGCCUGCGUGUGGCUGCGCUCGAAAGGGCAAGACAGGCACUCGGAAGCGGCAGCGGUCGCGCACAUGCCAGCAGGCUCGCCAAAGUAGCGCUGACCGAACACGACGAAGCCGAGGUGAAACGCCAAGCGGGUCCACGAGCGCUGAGACUCUUCUACAGCUCGUUGCACGACAUUGAAUCCUUCCCUUGUGAAGACGGCGAUCCAGGAAUGAUCAAGGAUGCAAGCACGUGUGUCGAAGGCGCACACGGUCAGUGGAUCUGGAAUAUUCACCUGGAUCACUAUCGAACUGAAUCCGACUUCCGUCGGCUGUACGACGACAAGUACAAGAUCGUGUUCAGCAAAGCCGCGCGGUUCCUCGGCGCGACAUGUGCUACACAGCAAAACACGCUCGUUCUCAUAUCAGCAGGAUUCGAUGCGUGUGCGUACGAAUAUCCCGGCAUGCAACGUCACGGAAAGCACGUCCCACCUUCGUUCUACCACAUGUUUGCGCGCGACGCUGUGCAUUUCGCCGAUGCACACGCAGACGGAAAGCUCGUCUCGGUACUCGAAGGCGGAUACAGCGAUCGUGCGUUGUGUUCAGCCGCACUGGCACACGUUACUGGUCUCGCUGUGCGUGUCGAUUCAGCAGCAAGUUCGGUCGUAGGAGGCGAGGCGGAGACCGAGUAUUGGAAAUUGGAGAAUCUGAUCGCGGUCGAAAAGGUGGCCAAGAAGAUGGCGGCUCACGCUGCUGCUGCAGUGUCGGGUGCGGCACCCAGCACCAACACGACGCCCAAACGGAGACAAGCCGAAUUGGCACCUUGGCUGUCGCUCACUUCCAAGGCGUUUGCUGCUUUCGAACAGGCGUGCGGCAAAGGUAACGUUGUUCCGCUGGGAAUCGGUGCUACGCCGUCGACGAGGUCGUCCGCGACGACAAACACGACCAACAGUCCAGCGAUAGGUGCAGGUGGGAGAGUGUUGCGAGAUCGAGGCGCUUUGAGGACGCGUCCCGGUGCGUGGGAGAGCGCGACAUCGACACCACACGCGAGGCGCGCCGCAAGCCCGACCAAGACAGCGGGAAGAAAGGACAGCCCGAUCAAGAAGGAGUCGCCGUCGAGCGUGACAAGUGUCGGCGGUGUGGUCGACGCUUCUGCGACGCCAGUCAUGGCGGAUACACAGCGGGGCUUGGUGGAUGAUUCCAUGUCGAUGGAUACGGAUACGCCGACAAAAUCUGUUACGAGUGAUGCACGUGUGCGAUCGUUGCGCUUGCCAUCGCCUCUCAAGUCUAUUCACCAGUCCAAUGACAAUCGUGUGCGCAAAUCGGAUGUCGAAGCCGAUCAGCAGCGCCAAGCUAACAGUACGGAUCCUACCAUCGCUCCAACCCAAGUCGACCCAAGCGUACCUGCCGCACCGGUCGACACCAACACCUCUACCUUUCCUAGUGCUUUGUCAACGUAUGGCAACGCUGUGAGCACCGACGCCGAGGUAGCCGCUUCACCGAGCAUCGAGGACACAAUCAACGCAUCCACCACGCUGCGGUCUCGUACGUUGAGCUCUGCGCACGCCAGCUUGGUCGACACCUCGUUUCUGGCGCAUGCGCCAAUGCAUGUCGACGCUGCAGACACGCACGCAAGCUCGGAUUCGUUGGGACAACUCUACGACAACGGCGACUCUUGGAUACAUCAACACUCGUUGUUGGGUGGAGAACCAGAUGCGCCUGGAUCGCCCGAUUGGAGUGCAGCGCACGCGUGUGUUCCAAGCACAUACCAGGGCGAACCCGAAACACAGGCGCCAGCCACGUUGGGUACUGCAGUGACGUCUUCCGAAUUCACAGGCGCGGCUGGUGUGGAAAACCAGGCGUCUCGCCAACACCAGGCGCCCGUGUCGUCGAGCUCGUCGCUCUACCCCGACUUAGCCAGCUGCCACUUGGCGCAUCCUACGCAGUAA